AUGCUGGCCAUUCGCGACGAGAACGCGGUUAACGCAGCCCAGGCUGCUCGACUGGCCCCCGGGAAAGGGCAACUGGCCCCCAAGACUCCCGGGGCUCGAUACCCAAAGACGCCCUUGAAGAUCCCCCUCAACGACGAGAACGCCGUUGGAGGAGCCAAGACGGUCCUUGCGCCCAAGUCGAAUGGUAACAUUCAGGGCACUGUCAAGAAGCAGAACCUCGUCACCCCGUCCGAAACACGGGCUCGCGCGCCACUUGGGAACAAGACCACCAACGCAAAGGCCAGGUCCACCCAGAACGCCGGAGGAAAGGAUCUCGAGAAGACACAGACGAAGCCCACAACCACCAAGAAGCUCAAGCAGCGUUCUCCCAGUGUCGGGCCUCUGAAGCUCGAAGUCCGCAAUGACCAAGCCGGUCCGGCUGAGGAGCCGGAUGUCGAAUAUGCACCGCCCCCGGCUAUGGAUCUGCCCUACGAGUCGGACGUCUUCCCCGAUGGAGUGUUGACCUUUGAGGGCCUCAAGCCGGAAAACAUGUUCAAGGGCUACUACAAUCACUUCUACAACCCCGUGGGCGAGGAUGGGGUCAGACUGCAAGACAGAAAGCACAAGGAAAAGCUGAAGAAGGCUCUGAAGGAGAGCGACGAGCGUAUUCUCCGCGACAUUCGGGAGAUGGAUUGGUCCGUUUCUGAUGUCCCUGAGACCGCAGCCUUUGCCCAGAGGAAGGCCCCCGCUCCCGCCCCCAACCCAGCCGUUACCAGGAGGACAGUGGGAGGAGCCCUCAAGUGUCCUCCCACCAUCACGUCCAGAAGGGCCGCGUCUGCCCUUUCGAUGUCGACGGGCUCUACUAUCCGACAGAAGAAGGCUGUCGAGCAGAGGCCCACCGUCAGACGGCCCAUUUCUGCCCUUCUUCCGCGCACCAGACCAAACAAGGCCACUAUAGCCUCGAAGUCUACAGCUGCCGAAAGCGCCGUGGGAGAGGCCGCGUCGAGAAACACUCUGGGGUACACAAAGGGUCGCUCGGCCUCGUCCGUUGUCAGCGGACGAGCUCCAGUUCCGGCUACGGCUCGACCUGCCUCUACAGAUUUCGCCGCUGUUAUUCCUUCGAAAACUAUCGUCAGACGUGACGCAUCUCCUCAUAAGCAGGAGCGGGAGAUGCGUGACGAAAACGAGGAUCUCGGCCGUUUGCAAUUCCUGUCCAUCUUUGAUCCCGCUGGAGACGAUGAGAACGAUGGUAUCGGCAGCGCGGGUCCACGAAACGAAGACUUUGAGGAGGAGGAGGAGUUUGAAAUGAAGUUGAGCUUCUAA